AUGGCCUCAGUCUCGGUCGUCAAUCCCACAGAUGUCUUGCGAAAAUCUGCUGCUCUGGCGGCAAACUGUAAUGCAGCGCGGGGUCUAUCAGAAGUUCUUCGAACGAAUUUAGGACCUCGAGGGACGCUGAAGAUGCUUGUUGGAGGAGCUGGACAAAUAAAAGUCACGAAAGAUGGAAACGUUCUGCUCCACGAAAUGCAAAUUCAACAUCCAACGGCUGCAAUGAUUGCCCGAGCGUCAACGGCACAAGAUACAAUCACGGGCGAUGGGACGACUUCUGCAGUUUUGAUCAUCGGAGAGCUCAUGAGAAAUGCGGAGCGCUACUUGGCAGAAGGCGUUCACCCUCGUUUGAUUUGCGAUGGAUUUGAUCGUGCGCGAACUGAAAUUCUGAAAGUAUUGGAGGAAGCGAAGAUCCCGUGUUCAGCAGAUGAUCGCGAAUUAUUGCAAUGUGUCGCCCGUACCUCUUUGAAGACGAAACUUCAACCAAAGAUCGCAAAUCAAAUUACAGAUAUCGUUGUUGAUGCAAUUCAGUGCAUUCAUAAACAAGAUGUUCCAAUUGAUCUGUUCAUGGUGGAGCUGCUGCAUAUGAAAGAAACAUCUAGCACUGAUACGCGAUUCGUGAGAGGAAUGGUGAUGGAUCACGGAGCAAGACACCCGGACAUGCCAAAGCGACUCAAAGAUUGUUUCGUAUUGACGUGCAAUGUGUCGUUGGAGUACGAAAAAACAGAAGUCAACUCGGGAUUCUUUUACAGUUCCGCUGAACAAAGAGAAAGGCUUGUCGAUGCUGAGAGGAGGUUCACUGAUGAAAAAGUGAAGAAAAUUAUCGAACUCAAACGAACGGUGUGUACACCGGAAAACAAGAAGUCUUUCGUUGUCUUCAAUCAAAAGGGAAUUGAUCCUCCUUCCUUGGACCUUUUGGCGAAGGAUGGGAUCUACGCACUCAGAAGGGUAAAGCGCAGAAACAUGGAACGUCUCACUCUUUGCUGUGGAGGAAACGCUGUUAACUCUGUCUACGAUCUUGUCGAGGGAGAUCUUGGAUUCGCAGGAGAGGUGUACGAGGAAACGUUGGGAGACGAGAAAUGGACGUUUGUCGAGGGUGUACGGAAUCCUGAAUCGUGCGCUAUUCUUGUCAAGGGCCCUAACGACCAUACAAUAGCGCAAAUUAAGGAUGCAAUCAGAGAUGGUUUGAGAGCCGUCAAGAACGCAAUUGAAGAUCAAUGCGUCGUUCCGGGUGCUGGAGCUUUCGAAGUUGCUGCUUAUUCCCGAUUAAUGAAUGUCAGUCGACACGACGUAUCUGGUAAAGCAAAGUUUGGCACUCAAGCGUUUGCCGAAGCCAUGCUUGUGAUUCCCAAGACAUUGGCAGAAAAUUCGGGGCUUGACGCUCAGGAUUGCAUUCUCUCAUUGGUGGAAGAACAUGACAAAACAAAGUGUCUCGUUGGGUUGGAUCUAGUUACUGGCAAGCCAAUGUCUCCCAUGGCGGAAGGAAUUUGGGACAACUACCGCGUCAAGCGACAGCUCUUGUCCCUCGCACCCACACUAGCACAACAACUUCUAUUGGUUGAUGAGAUCAUCAAGGCUGGAAAAACAAAUGGGUGGUUCAAAAUAGAUGCUUUGCUUCCACUGUUUCUUUUGCUAACAUCUAAAACCGGCACUAACAGAUCCAUACUUCUCUCGAUAUCUCUCGAUUUCCGUGAGGUUGGGCGCUUCUUGAGUGUUGGUGUUUAA